AUGCCUUCGAGUGAUAGUGACGAUGCCUCAGAGAAGGGUGCAAUCUUGAAGCAGAGGCUGCAAAUGUUCAAGGCAAAGCGACCGAAGAAACUUGUUGAACAGAAGCUGGUAUGCCAGAUACUUCUCGAGCAAGAUUACGUUGACUAUAUUGGGCUUGAAGAUGCCUUUCAUGCACGGGGUUGGGAGGUGAUCAGAACAGUGGUGCAGCUAUACGAAGGCUGCAUGGGAAGCAGUGAUGACGGAAAGGCAGACCUUGCGCAACUGAUUCAAGAAAAGUAUCAAGAUACAAUGCCGGAAUCUUAUGUGAUCGCCCUCAUGGCUUCAAAACCAUACGCUGUGAAUGAUCUCGACGAUCUUUGUAUUCAUGCCAGCAAUCAUAGUGUUCAGGAGAGAGCUGGAGUACAAGGUCCUUGUUCGCAUCUACUGCAUGACCUUGAAAAACAUGUCGACUCUACUCCCGAUAUCCGAGAGUCCAGUGCAGGCACCUUGAUCUCAACUGUUGUGCGACUGCUGAUGCCGAUGAAAGAUGAGCAAGAUGGGAAGCUUUUCGGGCUAGACGCCAUGGUGGACGAGGACGGCAAAGUUUGGCUCCUUGAAAUCAAUUGUGAUCCGGACUUGAAGGUAUUCGAUACAAGGUGGCAGGACGUGGCUCGAGAAAUCCUUCAUGACACCAUCGACACGGCAGUGUAUCCGAUCAUGGGGAAGAGUCAAGAGGUCAAACCUUUACCGAUGGUGUCAAACUGA